GAACCGGAUUCUGCGAUGGCGUGCUGUCAGCAUCUGCAUGACCCCUGGCUAUGCGGUCGCCGCAGGUGCGCCCAGCUUUCAAGGCCGCUUUCAAGGCCGAUCAUCGCCUCCGUGUUCUUGGCCUCUUCGUUGUUCCUGGCAGGCUGUGGUGAG